UGGAGGAAGCGGCGGCGGCGGCCACGAUGAGUGCGGGCGACGCCGUGUGCACGGGCUGGCUCGUCAAGUCGCCCCCCGAGAGGAAGCUGCAGCGCUACGCCUGGCGCAAGCGCUGGUUUGUCCUCCGGCGGGGCCGCAUGAGCGGCAACCCCGACGUCCUGGAGUACUACAGGAACAAGCACUCGAGCAAGCCCAUCCGCGUGAUUGACCUCAGCGAGUGUGCCGUGUGGAAGCACGUGGGCCCUGGCUUCGUCCGCAAGGAAUUUCAGAAUAACUUCGUGUUCAUUGUCAAGACUACGUCUCGUACAUUUUAUCUGGUGGCCAAGACCGAGGUAGAAAUGCUGGUGUGGGUGUACAGCAUCAGUCAGGUCUGCAACCUCGGCCACCUGGAGGAUGGUGCAGCAGCCCCCGCGGAGCGCUGGCCUGGGCCGCCCGCCUCCCUGCAGCCGCCGGCCGGGCCCCCCCCCGGCCCCCCUCCCGCCGCCCGCGCGCUGGGCGCCUCCCUGCCGAGGGCCGAGCUCCGCGGAGCGGCCGACGACAGCCGGAGCGAGGCCGACUUUCUGUCCCUUCCCGAUUACCUGGUCCUGUCCCACUGCGAGAGCGGCCGGCCGCGCCACGCCAGCCUGCCCUCCAGGUGCGACAGCUGGCCCCACGCGGAGCGCCCCCCGGAGCCCACGUCGUGCGACGACGUGUUCGUGGCCUGCGCGCAGCCCGGCGCUCAGCACGCGCCCCCCCCGCGCUCCUCCCCGCGCCCCGACAGCUCGGCCCGCGCGCCCAGGGAGCCGGACCCCGCGCCCCGCACGCCGCCCCCGCGCCCCCCGAAGCCGAGCCACCUGUCCGAGCGGCGCCAGGACGCGCAGCCCGAGGGCGCGGCGGCGUCCAGAAGAGUCUCCCUGUCCGGCCUGGACAACGUGAGGACCCGGAAAGCUGAUGUGGAAGGCCAAUCCUUAAGACACCGAGACAAGCGGCUUAGUUUAAAUCUGCCCCGCAGGCUGUCCCCCGUGCGCCCCCCGGCCUGCGCCGGGCCCGGGGACGGCUACGUGCCCAUGGGCCCCCAGGCGGGCGCGCGUGUCGCCGGAGCGCCGUGCAGCCGCGACGACUACAUGGCCAUGAGCCCGGGAAGCCUGUGCGGCCCCCUGCCCGAGCUGCCUGCGGACCUGGAGCCCCCCCCGGUGAACAGGGACCUCAAGCCCCAGAGGAGACCACGGCCACCUCCCCUGGACCUGAGGAACCUGUCCACCAUCCGGGAACAUGCAUCUCUAAGCAGGACCUGCACUGUACCGUGCAAUCGAACCAGAUUUCUCUCUCCAGAAAGAAACGGUAUUAAUUCUGCAAGAUUUUUUGCCGAUUCUGUUUCCAGAGAAGAGGAAGAGAGCUACAUCCAAAUGAAUCACGGGACAGCCAACCCCCUAGGCAGUGGCGCUCUGACGUGGACAAAGAAAUUCAGCCUGGACUACUUAGCUCUGGACUUCAACUCAGCCUCCCCGGCCCCUGUACAGCAGAAACUUCUCCUCGCGGAAGAGCAAAGAGUCGACUACGUCCAAGUGGAUGAGCAGAAGACCCAAGCCCUGCAGAGCACGAAGCAGGAGUGGACGGACGAGAGGCAGUCCAAAGUGUGAGGCGUGUGCUCGGGCCGGGAUCGGGGCGCGGAGGCUCGGGCCCUGCCCUCACGGCUCUUUUGCCAGAAUCGCACCGAGGGUCGAUCCGGGUCAAGAUCCGGGGAGAACCUGCAGGUUCCGUGGGCUUGGCAAGAACCGCUGGGAGAGAGGGUCAUUUGUGCACGCUGAGCGGCCCUCCCCGGCCACACGGGCCCGGAGCCCCCAGGCUGUGCCCCCACGGCCGUGGACCGCGCCCCGGACCGGGCCGUUCACUUAGGCACGCUCCGAACAGUAAAAACGAGACUGGGGGAGUAGGGUUCCCAGAGUUCGGUGGAGAAGCUGUCCAGCGGAGCGUCGGGGCGCAGAGGAGAGCCGGUCUUGCCAUCGGGACCAUUUGGGUGUCACACUUGCGGAUUCUGACCUGUGUCCUGACCUCCUGGCCCACGGACGGUCCUGGCACCGCGGCUCCUGGAGACGUCUCGUCCCGGCCCCCGAAAUCGCGGCUGAGGAGACGCAAGCCGGAGACCCCAACAGGCACAUCAGUCAUUUGUCUCCCCAGAGAAAGAGAAUUCAAGCGACGGCAGGGAGUGCUGGGCUCCGCGAUGAGCAUAGCAGGUGACCCCGGCCAGGUGGGCCUGCCCCUUCCCGGCACGCGUGCGCCUGCCUCGGCCACCUCUUGCCUGAACGAGCCCGGAAGCGAGGCGUGCCAGGGAUGGUGGCUCCCGCUGGGAAGAAAGGACGAGUGAGCAUGAGAGGAGGCAAGGCCGCCCAGGGGCCCGCACGGAGCCCAGCCCCGGGGGGAGGCCUGGGACAGAGCUGGCCACGCUGCCCGCCGGCACGACGAUUUGCACGAGCUCUAUCGCUUCGGCCGGCCUUGGGGCCACGAGCAACGCGUGCAGACACGGAGGACUCCUCGCCUCUCCCUGUCAUAGGGUUUCGAGCUGGUGCUUUUUGACUGGACACGGCUGCAUGUCCCGCCAGGCCCUCUGUGCGGUGUUCGAAUGGGGAAGUAACGCCAUCCGUAGGUACCGUCACGAAUAGCUCUUAACGAUCACCGUGACAUCCGGCCUGGGAUCCCGCGGUGCCCCGGCAGCGGGCUCCCCGUGAGCUGGCUGAUGCUCACAGAGGUUUGUUGUCCCCUCGGGAAGGGGGAUCGUCCCUGGCUGUCCUAUGCUGGACCCAGUUUCCUGGCGGGUUUUUCCCUUCCGCUUUAGUGCUGCCUAAGCCCCGAGAGCACACGGUCCCACUUUGUCGUGAGGCCAUCGCGUCACCCCUUCCUUGAUGGGGCACCGGGGUCAAGUGGACCCAGAUGAGAGUCUCAGUCGGGCACGGGGUUUUAUUCAAUGGGCCUUCUCGAGUCUUCAGAGCAGCUGCAUCCAGAAGGCAAAUCCGAACAACUGGGACGGAAGCAGAUGCUGGCCUGCCAUUCUGACCGGCUGUGUGUCGCGUAGGAGGAUGGCUUAAGCAGGCAGGCAGGUCUGUGACAGCCAGGGCCAGUCGGGGCAGCUGUGGGCUUUGCUGUGGGGCUUGAGGGUUUCUAAGUGCCCCAAGGGUAAGUCAAGUCCAGUCUUGGCUUUUCAGACCGUUAGAGAAGUACUUUUCAUGUGCAAAGCAGCGGGAUCUGGUGACGGCAUUUUCUUCCUGGAGGAAAGUGGGGUGUGGGGACGUUGUCGAAUGCUUUAAAUGAUGUAAGGGUCCCCCACGAGCCUGGACAGAGAAAUGAGAGGGGCCCCUGCACCCUGCAGCCAGCUCCACGUCACAACGCACAGGCCAGAGCCUGGAAGGAGCCGCCUUCUUCCCUGUGUGACUUACAAAGAGUCACAGAGCCGAGCCUCAGGCAACAAUCCGGGGCUGGUGGACCUCGUAGACAGUAACCUCCGGGGGGAGGGGGGUGCACCUGUGUUCAUAUUCUUGAUUACCUGACAGGCUGAUGCCGGAAUAUUCUAUGCCCAAGUGCCAAGCACCACACUCGACUGGAGCUAGAUCAGGAAAGAAAGUACAGCUAAAAUGACACCGGUAGUGAGGUGGCAUCCAGUUGACCACCCCCCAAACCUCUUUGCAAAACAGUCCCCGGAAGCGUCGGCUGCACGAAGCAAUACACACUGCAGCCGUGUGACUUGUCUGGGAGCAAUUAAUUAGGGGUGAGAAAAAAAGGACUUCAGCCUCCUUUCCAGGGUGUGUGUGACAGGCCCUGCGACAGGCCCUGCUUCGGUAAGACUGCCGAUGGAAGGUUCCCCAGGAGCCUGACGCCUCGCGGCCGGGAAGGGCAGCCAGUUGGGGGCUGACGGCAGCGAGCGCCCCUGGGAAAGGGGCCGCCGUGCACGCGAGGCCGCUCGCCUCUUGUUUCCCUGCGGAGCUGGCUCGUGGGUAACGGGGCCAGGAGUGUGACCAGGGCCUGAGGCUUGGGGCUCUGCACUGAAAAUGGGAACGAUCACAGAUACCAGAGGGAGGCAAGUGCUCACGGCAGCUGUGUGCCCUGCGCGGGGCACGGCCUCCGGGAGGUGGUGGGGCGAGCCCACGUGGGUCUCUGGAGCCCCUUUUUGCUUUUCCUCCCAUGUCAUCCUGUUGGGGAGUUCCUGCA